CGGUCAGUGACUUACAAGGAGACGUCGAUGACGAGGGCCCGCUCGGUGUGCGUGGUGUUGGAAAGAGUGUGCCUUCUUUGGGAGGCCCAUUAGCAGGGCCAGCCGCGACUCGAGCACCGAGCAGAAGUUUCCCUGGUGCGGGGGGAUCUGGUCUCGCAGCUAACACCGGUGCUGGCGGCAGUUCGUGCAGUGGUCCCGCGCCAGUGCUGGGGUCCAGCGCCGGUGUACCGGCAGAAAAGCCAACGUCUCGUGGCUUGAAACAAGUGGUAAAAGGGUGCCAAUAUGCCCGAUCGUCUUUGGUACUCCAAGCCGCAAAGCCGGUUGUCGGUGGGACGGGAAGGCCCUCCGUAAGCGGCGCAGAACCUGCAUCAGCGAUUUCCUUGGCGAAGGGUUACUUGCAUCAGAAUGCAAGGAAGAAUAACAAUAAAACCGAACAACAGCAGGACCACCACCAGCAAACUAUCGAGGACAAAAAAGAUGAACCAAUAUUACGAGCACAUUCACAGAAGUCUGUUCCGCCAAAGCCCGGAGGAGCAAACAAGCAGGCUUUUUCUGGCACAGUACUAUCGAAGCCAACUACUGCCACAUCUUCUAGUACGACCCGACAAGCCGAUGCCAAUGGAACAACUUCAUCAGCGUCAAGCAAGGACAAAAGCACCACUCAGAUAACGGCUGACCAGUACGCAUCCAAUGCACAAAAGAGCGAGCGACGAGCUAAAAUGCAACAGGCGCUUCAGAGCCACCGUAACUUGCUGAAGCACAUGCAGGCUGGAAUUUCAGCUUGUACCAACAAAGCCGUCGUAGACGAAACGACGCGUCCCUUCCCCGAGCGAAAAAUCUACUUCUGUUAAGGAUUGUGUGCAAAGAAUUACUUACGUAAGUACACGUAUACAUGUACCAGGAAGGCGGGAUGCUCCUUGCUGUGGAUGGAGCGGCGGUGGCGUGGGCGCGCCCUUUUUUCCGCGGUGGUGGCGUGUCAGGAUCCCCGGAGGCGAAGGCCUCAAAAGGCGGCGCCGGUGUCCUCUUGCGGCUCUCCGCGUGUACUUCACAGGCGUCCCGACUCUUGGACCCUAUCAGGGGGAUGGCCUCCGGGGGCAGAAGGCGGCCACGGUCGCGAGGCCUGGCCUCUUUGGCCCUCAUCCUCCCAAUUGGUGGCAGCGUCAGCCGCCUCCAAAUGCCCGAGGGGUUGAGAACCAAAGGCGAGGAGGAGCGGGGGCAAGGCGUGCCCGCCUGGGUUCUGUCGGAUACAUGCAGCACGGCGAAAGGGGUCAAGCCUUGCCACUUGCUGCCCUCGGAGGCCUUCCGCCCCCCAAGAAACUCCUCGACCAGUGAGGAGCCCGCACGCGGGAGGUCUAUGGGGUACAUGCAACGCGCCAAGGGGGUCAAGCCUUGCCACCUUUGCCGCCGUCGAGAGCCUACUUCCACCCCUGGCCGUCGCUGCUUGAACGGCCUCAGAGGUUUGGGUUCUGUAGGGUACACGCAAGAAGCCGCGAGGCCGCGAAGGUGGGCGCUUGGAGGCCUUCCCGCCCGGCAGUCUCUCGCCAAAAGGGGCGGGGGCUGGUGGCCCUCUCCUCAAAAAUUUAGAUCGGGGGGAGGGGCCUUCAGCCCCGAGCCCUGGAACAUACAUAGGGCCCUUACUUUUUCUAUGCGAGUGCUAUUGAAUCUAUCAUGUUGUGCUUUUGAAUCUAUGUUGUGCUUUUCCUGGGAUUAGUCGUGCUUUUGACUCUAUGUUGUGAAAAUAGCCUUGCAGCUCUAUCUCUAAUGCAGCAUUCAGUUUGGAAACAACUCGGCGUUGAUACGGCAACUCCUGCGUCCGAUAAAGUGCUUCGUUUCUUCGCUAGGCGACCCACAAAAUCGAUUCGGCAAAGUCAGCUAUGAGGACAGAACGUGUAAAUACAUAUGUACAAGUGGGUCUAGGUGCUUCAUACGUCGGUUGAUAGCCAUCAGAGGACCCUUAGCCAUCAGAGGACCCUUUGAAUACUUCUUCUAUACAUAUUAACAUCAUACUCUUUCUCUUCUGUGACUGUGCUGCAGCAAAGCAUGCCUCUUAGAAUCGAUCUGCUUUCAAUUUUAUUGCCUGUAACAUCCACACAGGUAUCGUAUCGGCCAAAGAUGUUUUUCAAUUACAUCCUGUUAACAUGACGGGUGUGGAGUUCCUGUGGACGCAGUAUAAAUGCCGUAAGUACUUCGACGCAAUGCUGACCCAAACCGGUUGCUACGUAUCGAAAAAUUGUGAGGAAACAUGCGAGGUCAGCUCUUUCCCAAGAAGCCGGACAGCCAGAAAAGAAUCUUUGGCUGGCGCGACGGGUCUUACAAGUUUUAUGUUUCCGCGAGUGCCGGUUGUUCGAUUGUGGUAAGUAUGCAUGGUGUAGUGAAGCCUUCUUCUUGAUAACUUAACUUAUUAGGUAAAUUCAAAAGGUGGAGUAAAUUUCUAUAAAUCUGCGAGAGCUUAUUCCGCGAAAACCAACUUUGACCGUAGCAGACUGAUGCUUGGUAUUGAAAUGUUUGCUUGCUACGUUCCUCUCCCCAUGGCGUUCGCCUUUCAAUAUUGCAACGACGACAGCAAAGGCAGGCGAUGCUGGGACAUCAUCGCGGCGCAUCUCAUCGGCGUCGCCAUCGAAAAGCACGAAGAAAGGCACAAGAAGCCCUGUGAAGACGAAAUCCAAGGAAGAAAAGAAGACCCCAAGAGGGACGGAAGAUGGUACUAAAAGCGCUAGCUCUGAGCAGCAAAAGACUGAGUUUUGCGCAGGAGAGGUCCCUAAAAAGACAGAAAUGCAGGAGUUAGAACUAGAGGCAACAGGUUCAUCAUCUAGUGCAUCUUCAAAGGCCAGUCGUGAAAAGGCUCGCGAAGUUGGCGCAGCUGCGACACCCGGCGGUCCAAUACCUGGAACACCGAGCACGGGCACACCGAGCAGCCGCGCGACUAGCGUUGCGGCCGCAUCAGGCGUUGGUGGUUCUCGGAGCUCUCGAGGAUGGUCGAGUGGCGGGACUGCCGCAGCUGCAGCCGCUACUACAACUGGUGGCGUUGCAAAAAUGGAAAGUGCUGGUGGAGCUACUUCAGCGGCUUCGUCUUCAGGAUAUUGCUUCG